ACGGCUGUGUUUGUAUUUGUCAAAUAGUAUCUGCUCCACUCCAAAAUCCAGGGCCGACCCGUUCCAGUUCCUAGGAAUUCAAAAACGUUUAGUCUAAUUCGACUGAUAAGAAAUCAGAAGCCACAGUGUUCUAAAUCGUUUGCCCUAAAAUCUAAGGGAUGGGCUCCAGUUCGGUGAGUGAAUUCAUAACGAAUGAAGUACCUGAUUGGAGUGACGACGUGGUAACGUCUGCCAGAUUCAAAGCGUUUAGCGGACAAAGAUCUGAUUGGGAACCCAAAUUCCAGUUUUGGAGAGAUUUGAUUCUCAAAAUCGCUUGCCAUUUCGACCUUCUGAUCAUUCACCCAUCCAAGAUAAAGAACGAGUGGUUUAAUCGAGGAGGGUUGACACCUUUAUGUCUUGACCAUGUACUGUUUGUAAUGUAUAAUGAAGGUGACAUUAUUCGAAGUGCGGACCUUGUGGAUCCAACUAGUGGACGACUGUCCCAGUUGUUUUGGAAAGUUAGAAGAUUGGUCGCCGGAACAACAAUUCCUCCAGAAGUUUUGCUCAAAGAUCAUGUUAUUUUUGCAACACUUAUGAAGGAUAAAGCUGGUGAAGUUGUCAAAUGUUUAUCUGAAAGUCAUUGGACUUCUUCGUGCAUUAUUACAAUGAAGAAGUUCCAGGACAUGUGUGGAGGAAAAGAUGAAGCAUCUGCAGUCUUGAGUUAUUUGUCAGGAUGUGGAAAAGCACAGUAUUUAUCAAUCACUAAGAAAGACUAUAUAGAGGGUCUAAAAGUCUCCCUUUCACCGGCAUCAGUUUCCAGUAUCUCAAGUUUUGAUUGUGAUGUAUUGCACCUGGUUUGGACAAUGGAGAAGCUUCAGCAACAGCUUGACGUUACUGACAGACAGUAUGAGAUGUCUAGAAAAUCAGCAUUAACUUCCUUGCAGUCUGGAAACAAGACAGUGGCUCUGAGACAUGCAAAGCAGUUAAAGUUGGCCAAAGAGAGUAGAGAAAAAUGUACAUCACUUUUGAACAGAGUGGAGGAAGUUCUAUGUGUUAUUGAAAAUUCAGAAUCUACAAAAAAGGUCUCUGAGGCAAUCCAAAUUGGAGCACAAGCAAUAAAGAAAAAUAAGAUCAAUGUGGAGGAAGUUCAAAUCUGUUUAGAAGAACUUGAGCACAGCAUUGAUAUGCAAAAGCAAGUUGAGAAAGUGCUAGAAUCAGCUCCAUUGGACCCAGAAAUUGAUGAUGAAGACAUUGAAGAGGAAUUCAAGAAAUUACAGUUGGAAGUUGAAAGUGAAAAUUCUCGAGUUCUGAUCCCAAAAACCGGCCUUAAUGAAGCAGCAAGAGAGACAUUAUCUUCAGAAUCCACUGAAUCAUUGAGUGCUGCAUUUUCAAGUCUUGGGCUUGGGGAUGGUCCUGCUAGGGCUUCAGCAUCGGGGAUUCAAUCCUCUGUGGAACCAUUCAGCAACAAAGAAUCAGACAGUCGCAUGCCUGAAGCAGCUUAGUUUUAGACCCCCCAAAAAGGACCACCAUAAUUAGUUCUUACGUUCACCCUACCCGAUAAUUAAUUUUGUAAGUAUUUGUGAUAGAGUUGUCAAUCAUGAGAUUUUGUUGGUUUUCAAUGUAAUUUGCAUUUAACAAUUCUGUUUCUAUUCCAAAAUUUAUACAUUCUAAGGAAUUUUAUGUAAAUACUGUAUUCUUUAAAAAGGGUGAUUAUUAUGUGGUGUUAUUUAA